ACCUUAGUAGCUUAAAUGACUAGCACCAUAGCCAUUCACAACUAACUACUAGCCAGAGUAAACUCUCCAUCCUGCUCACGACUCGCUCCUCCGUCUUUUUCUCAACCUUUAGCUUGUGCUUCCAGGGUCCGUUCUCGGAUGAUAAUCAUAAUCGUCUUCGGCGAUUUAAAAUUGUUCCUCAGUGCCCCAUGGGGUCACGGCAAGUAAUGGUCAAGAACGGUGGGGCUACUAUAUAUCUACUACUAGUAUGUGUAUUACGUGCAGAUAUGACCAGGCAAUAUACUUGUCCUAUUCUCACACACUCUCGAGCUCGGAAGGGCAUGAUGGGUAAGUCUUCGUCCUACGCACAACGCCGGCAAUGGCGUAGGUUAAUGGGUUGUCUCUGUAGAUGUGCAUGGGGGCCAUCUCUGGGUAUUGAUAAUUACAUAAUUGACCUCCUUGUUCCACGCCUUACAUGACCCUUAGAUCGGGACCACAAUGUCGGGGUGUAAGAGGUGGUGGGG